AUGAACACCACCACCAACCCGAUCCCGUCUACCGUUGGCGGUUCUACUCAAUUAACCAUCGGCGGCAGUGAGGCGCCGGAAGUUAACACCCUGCCCAAGCCGGAUGAUGCGGUGCGCGAGAAAUGGGACCGUGGUAUCGAGUUCCUGCUGUCGUGCGUCGCACUGUCGGUCGGUUUCGGCAACAUUUGGCGCUUCCCGUACACGGCAAUGCAGAACGGUGGCGGUGCCUUUCUGAUACCGUACCUGGUGGUACUGUUCCUGGUCGGACGACCGCUCUACUAUCUCGAGAUGGUGAUGGGUCAGUUCUCGAGCCGGGGCUCCAUCAAGGUGUUUGAUGUGGCACCACUGAUGCGUGGUGUGGGCGUCGGACAAACACUUGCCCUGGUGCUUAUUCUGGGUUAUUACGCCGCUGUACUUUCGGUUUCGGUACGCUACUUUGUUGCUUCCUUCGGUAGCCCGCUCGCCUGGGCUAGAUGUGAACCGGAAUGGGUCGGAUGUGUUGAUUCGGAAUUUAAGGGCCACGCACAGAACGCCUCCUUUCGCCCAUCGGCCGAGUUCUACUUCAACCGCACCGUACUGCACAACUACUGGACGGUGGACGAAGGCAUCGGGGUGCCCGAUUGGAAGCUGACACUGUGUUUGCUCUUCUGCUGGAUCUGCAUUAGCUGCAUUUUGAUUAAAGGUAUCCGUAGCUCCGGCAAGGCGUCCUACUUUUUGGCUAUUUUUCCGUACCUGAUACUGCUGGUGCUUCUGAUCCGCACGUGUACGCUCGAGGGUGCGGAUCAGGGUAUACUGUACCUGUUGAAACCGCAAUGGCAAAAAUUGUUGGACGUACAGGUUUGGUAUGCUGCAGUAACGCAGUGCUUCUUCUCGCUAACAAUUUCCCUUGGUUCGGUUAUCGUUUUCGCUUCGUAUAACAGCUUCAACAACAAUAUUUACCGCGAUGCAAUGAUAAUUUCCUGGCUGGAUACUUUCACCUCCAUCAUAUCGGGCAUCGUCGUGUUCGGUAUCGUCGGUAACAUUGCGCACAUAACGGGCAAUCGCGUAGAAGACAUGCAGCUGCAAGGUCCCCAGCUAACCUUCAUCACGUACCCGGACGCGAUUGCCAAAUUCGAUGCGGCACAGAACGUAUUUGCCGUACUGUUCUUUUUGAUGUUUUUCCUGCUCGGUUUGGGCAGCAAUACCGGCAUCGUAACAACGAUAGUGACCGCCAUCCGGGACCGCUUCCCCAAGCUCUCCAACUGGAAGGUGGUGCUGAUGAUAGCGAUCUACGGUUUUGGCUGUGGAUUGGUUUAUAUUACACCGGGUGGUUUGCACGUACUGGACGUAGUGGACAAGUAUGGCGUUACGUUGACAACGCUUACACUCGUUAUGCUGGAGAUUGUUACCUUCUGCUGGUUGUAUGGUGUGGAGCAGAUUGCACACGACGUUCAGCUGAUGCUGGACAGAAAAACCGGUGUGUUCUGGAGAGUUUGCUGGAGCUUUGUAACCCUCGCUAUCGUCAUCGUCAUAUGGCUGUUCAGCUUCAUUCAAUACACCCCACUUCCGGUUCCGCAAGGAAUGACCGCAUUUGGUUGGUGUCUUUACGCUUUUGUUAUGGUGCAAGUAAUAGUGUGGGCUGCGUAUGAACUGCAAAACAGGAAGGAAGAGAGAUUCAUCGACAAAAUCAAAGCUGCCAGUCAACCAACGCCCGAUUGGGGUCCGGAGGAUUCCACGAUGCGAGUGCGGUACCGAACCGAAAUGUCUAAACGAUCUGAGCAAAAUGGCAACCAGAGCGAUGGUAUUGGAAAGAACAUUCUACGUAAAAUCUUAAAUACAUUUUAUCAAAAAUGA